AUGGUGAAACCAGUUCAUCACUUGCAUCAUCACUGUCUGGUCAAGCAAAAACAAGAACCCUUCCUUGCCUCGGCCAAACAUCGAACAGAGACUAGUCCCUGGUCUGUGUUACUUUUCGGACCUGAAGGGAGACAGAGACAGCAACAGAGGCAGACAUCAGGCCUUCAUAUGACGUGCUUUUUCAUGCUUCCUGUUGGCAGGCCGUCUCUGAUUGCAUGGUACGUUGGUAUCGCCGGCAAGACAACCUUCAACAUCCGAUACGCCUCAUUUUUGGCGUCACAUAAAUCCAGCCGUUCUUCUGUCGUACCUGGAUUUGAACCCCGUUAUACCUGA